CCCUUAACCAACCUUAGGAACAACAACAUCUCUGCUUAAAAUUUAUCUCCUUAUUUUACUAAUUUCAAGAUGAAGUUCAGAGGGAAAAUGACGGAUAUUAUGUGCAUUAAGCAGUUUACGGUUAUUGUAAACACUGUGGCAAGAUUAGCCAAAGUGUGCGUGCUGCGCAUCACCCCACAGAAGGUAUUCUUCAUCAUAAAUGACGGAGGUGCUGUUGGCAGUAGCCCUGGCCUGUGGGCAGAAGUAGAUCAAGGCCAUUUCUUCAAUGAAUUCAACAUGGAGGGAGUUUCGGAGGAACACAACGAGAUCUUCCUCGAGCUGCAGCCAGAUAAGUUAUCAAGAACUUUGAACUCCCUCAAGUCAUCCCAAUCAGCCCGUAGUGUGAAAAUCAAGUUAACUAGAAAACACAGUCCUUGUCUAACCUUGGAGGCUGAGUUGCCAUCACUCUCUGUACAUGCAAGGCUUGUGGUCCAUGAUGUGCCAGUGCAGCUGAUUCCUCGUCGUCAGUGGCACAUAUACCACGAGCCAGAAAUGCCCGAGUUCCAAGCUUCCGUCUAUCUGCCUCCCCUCCGUCAGCUGAAGCACGUAAUAGAGCGAAUGAAAACCCUGUCCCCUUAUGUAUCCUUAUCAGCAAAUAGAAGAGGGACGCUGGUGGUCGGAGUCACCACAGACACUGUCAAAGUUUCUACUCAUUUCAGGCAUUUACCUAUGCCUGUUUGGGAGGGUCAGGAGGACAGCAGGGAGUCGGCACCAGAAGAGCUGCACUCUGCCACAGUGGAUAUCAAGAAGUUAGCACUGUUUCUGCAUGGUGAACAGGGAGGUCCUACUAAGGUUAUAUGUAAUAUUGUAGAAGACCGCACAAUCCACCUGUUCCUCAUAAACGAUGAUGUAACACUCCAGUAUUUCCUGCCAGCCGCAACUAAUACUUGAUGUCUUUCAUUCCAUGCAUAUGUUUACAUUAAAGCUUUAUUGUUUGGAUAGACUAUAUACUAGUCAGAUUUGUACAUAUUUUUCUACAAAGUUUAAGCACUUAGGUUAUCAUGAAUAGGAUGUAUUUUUUGCUUUUCCAUUUAAAGUUGAUGUGUGUAAAUGAACUUUCUAUGAUUUGUAUAUUGAUGUACAAUUACAAAGUAACACAUAAAAAGCAUGGUGUUUAUUUUCUGUAAAAUAUGGGAGAGUAUUUAUGACGGAAGUAUUUUCAAUUCUUCCAUUUGAAAGCCAAGUCAUUAGACUGAAAGGGACGAGUCUUAGUGUGACUGGAUACUUGAGGUUAUCAUUGAAUACCCAAAGACACAUAAAGGGAUAACUGUGUAUCCUGCAUUUGGAAGCUGCCCUGUAAUGAUUUUGCAAAGUUAAUGUUUAUCUUAGGUGUCUACUUUAUGAAGAUUUGAAUAGUAAUUUGUGGAAGAUAGUCCAAGAAGUGCCUUUUGUACUAAUCCAUUCAUUUUAUCUCCAAGUUCAUUAAAUUGUAACCUUACACUUACACAUACAAAACAAGGACUUAAUUUGAACCACUUGAAAAUAUUAUGUAUGUACACCCCCACACGUCUAACUCCACACCAACCCCCACACUGAGUUUGUGAAAGUAACUUUUCAACAUUUUUAGCUUUUGCUAGAGGAUGACAACACCAGGAACAGGGAAAAUAUUCUUAAAAAAUGCAAACAUUUAUUAAUACUUUACAAUGGAUUACACAAAGUGAGAAGACAUCAAUAACAUUAAGAAUUCAUGAAAGAUACAUCAUUUGGCAUUUUGGUGAUUUAUCCUAACUUCUUUCUUUUCUAAUGGUGAUAACUUUGACACGGUUUUAAGUUUCUCAAAGUACUAUGCAGUAUAAUUAGCCUUUGUUUUGCAAAACAACAGCCUUCCUUUGUAGCAAAAACAGUAUGUAAUUAUGAUUAUUUCAUCAAAGAGCUUUUUUGAUCAUAUAUUUUAAUUCUUACAAUAAAUCUAAAUCAUGCAUUUCAAGCCUUGAUUGUACGACUUUGGUAAUAACAUGUAUAGAUUUGUUAUUAACAUAAGGAAUCUUUAUUUCUAAUCACCUUUGGGUUUUUGUUUUGAGUUAACCCAAUCACCCCAUAUGGCAAGAAUACAUGCCAUGCCCAUUGUAAUAAAAGUAUUUACACAUAGAUGGCUCUACAAGUGCUGAGUCACCAAGGAGUAGGUUAUUAGUCCUACCUAUCUCACCUGUUUACCCAUUUCCUCAAUUUUUAGAAAGGGUCUUUUGCACUAUUUCAUUGUCUUAAAUGUUAUCGAUCUUUUAAUAACAAUUUAAUAAUAAUAACAAUAAUAAAAGGAAUGUGGAAAUCAGGAUCAAUCACUAGGGCUACUGAUAGACUCCUUGCCAGCUGAGCACAUGUGGGGCCAUCUGUAUGUAACAAAAUUCACCAAAAACUACAGGGGACAGAACAUAAAUCCAAGGCAAAUGGGUUAAAUGUGUGAAAACUGACUACCAGAAGAAAAAAUCAUUUAAUUGUAUUUACUCUUCACAUAAACAAGUCUGGUUAUAUAUUUAUUUUGAUUUCUUUUCUAAUUUGGUUUCAGGUUUCUGAAGUUUGAUGAAAUAUUCAAUAGUUACAAUGUUAUGAUUAACAAUAAUGAUAUGUAUACUGAUUUAAUAGAAGGUUAAUGGGCUAUGCUAGGUAUAAAGUGUGGUUCAUAUUAAUUGAUACAUCAAAAUCAUGUUGCAAUAUAAAUUCAGAAAUUACUUUAUCACAAUGUUCACAUGAACACACAUGAGUAAAAGAGUCUAGAAACAAUAUGAUAAUAGAUAUAGCCUUAAUUAGGUACAUAUAUCAGUAAGAAUUGCAGAAUGCAUUGUGGAGAUGCGUGUGAAUAUAUUUAUUUGUACUAUAAAAUUGUAUAUUUUGAGAAAAAAAAACAAAAAAACUAUAUAACCUACAGUUCUCUUCUGCAAUAAUUAUUCUUAUUCCCAUUAAGUGUAUGCAAUAUUACUCAUGACUAUAAAAAGGAAAUAUAACGAGGAAGAGGGGGAAAAAUGCAAAAUAAGCUAAGAAUUGGAAAAAAAAACAUUAAGUUAAGCACAGCAGUCCCUUCUACUGCUUUAUCAGCUGUACUAAAUAUAAUAAAUAAAAAUUGUGUGAAAGAACUGCUAUACAGGAACAAUAUUAAGAUGAGGGAUGGGCUCAUACACAUAAUUGAAAAAUGCAAGAUUUCUGUAUGAAGUGGACGGACCCUGGCAAACUGAGUGACUUGAAGAACAAUCAUAUAAGGCAUUAAAAGGCAAGGGCAGAUUGUGGCAGAUUCUGACCCUUGGCCAUUGCCUGGGUGCCCUAAGUCUGCCCUUGAUUUGAAGCAUGUUAAUAUUAGUUAAAAGAGUUGUAAAAAAAAUGAAAGGCUGUACUGCUUAGUAAUAUGGGCAAGUGUGAAAACCAUAGUGUAGUUUGAAAUGAU